AUGCCCCGAUUCCUCCAACCUAAAAAGUCAACACAGCAUCGUGUAGCAGCGAUCGCUCUGUACAGAGCACUGCUCUCACGAUGUUCCACCGCAGCCCUACCGAAUGACGAUCGAAACUCUUUGCGCAACGCGAUCCAGAAUAAGUUUCGCAAAAACAGGAAGAUACAAAGUCCUUACCAGCUUGGGCUGAGCUUCAAGGCUGGCUAUGAGACGCUGGAUCAUCUCGAUGCAUCCACCACCGGCGACACUACGAGCACAAAGUUCUUGACGACAUUGAUCGCGGCGAUACCACGCGGUUUGACUCGAACUCCUUGGCGCCGCCCUCUUCCACCUCCACCGUCCCCACCAAAAGAAAGGCUCGCGUGUCUUCCUCCCGAGAAAGCCGUCCUGAACGUCCGACCGUACGCGAACGUCUCAGGGCCGCGGCAUGUGCCCAUUCUCGCUUCCGCAAAUGGUGUCCCCUUCCUACGCAUCACGAAGCCCCAGCCCCCCGCCUUGAGUAGGAUGCUCCGCCAGAAGCUCGAGCGCAGAAUAGACAAUUUCCACAGGAAGGUGGAACUUGUGCACUAUUGGAUGCCGAUGGGAAGACACGAGGAUGAGUGGGACGAGUUGAUCAACGAGCAGCUUGAAGGGCGUGAGGACAAUGUGAAAUGGGUUGAUGCAAUUCAAUUGUCAGAUCGAGAGAAUCAGGAGGCCUACGAUAAGGAUAUGGCGAAUGACAAGGAGCUUGUGAAGAAGAUGCAGAGGAUCGUAGAUGCGGAGACGGAGCUUGCGCUCAAAGAAGGGAGGACGAUUGUUAGAGGGAGGAAGAGGAGACCCAUACGAGUAAUUACACCUUGAUCUCAGCUUGGACUUGUUUGUUCAUGUGGAAGUGCCAUCUUCUCGUGCAGGCUGAUGGGUAUAUUUGAAUCGCUCUGUGAUUGAUGCUUAUCCAACUCGUCGAAGUGGGU